UAUAGUUGCAUUAGUAUUAGUGCAUAAACAAUAGUUUCUGAGCAUUCGUGCUUGCAGCAUCCUUGCUCUUUGUUCCACAAACCUAGUACAUUUUAUGCGCCACACAGUCACAAGUAAUCCUGCAUCUACUUUCACCAUUAAAAUUUACUUUGACUUUGAAACCUUUCAAAUCAAAAUAUGGCUCUUCACCAACUCACUUCACUCCCUGCUACUACUUUCAGCAGAUUGCCGCCUACAAAUUAUCGCAUCUCAAUUGCAUCAUUUAGCAAAAAUGUUGUCUUUCCUAGUGGAGUUCAAUGCAUGGCUUCCAUUAAAAUGUGUGAUGAAACCAUUGUCAGGCGAUCAGCUAAUUACCAACCUUCCAUUUGGAGCUCUGAUUAUGUUCAAUCGUUGAAGAGUGAUAUUUUAAUCAUGCAGGGACAAUCAUUUGCCCAGCGAGUGAAAAAGCUGAAAAAAGAUGUGAGGCUGAUGCUGGACACUGUGGUGGAUCCUUUACAUCAACUGGAGCUCGUUGAUGAUUUGCAAAGACUUGGAAUAUCGUAUCACUUUGAGGAUGAAAUUAAGAGCAUUCUGAAUAGCAUAUAUAACAAAAACCAAAAACAGAAAAGUUUGUAUGCCGUAGCUCUUGAAUUCAGACUCUUAAGACAACAUGGCUACGACAUAUCAGCAGAAAUUUUCAAUAAUUUCAGCGAUGAGAAGCGACACUUCAAGUCAUGCCUCAAUGAUGAUUGCAAAGGAAUUUUAUCUUUGUAUGAAGCAGCAUUUCUUUUGAAAGAAGGAGAGAAUGCGAUCUUCCAUGAUAUUAGAAGUUUCACGACCUCAUACCUUAAGGCAUAUCUGAAGGAUAACAAAGAUCAAUAUCUCUCGGCUGUAGUGAGCCAUGCAUUGGAGCUUCCACUGAAUUGGAGGAUGCUAAGAUUGGAGGCAAGGUGGGUCAUAGAUUUAUAUGAGAGAAGACCUGACAUGAACAAUAGUGCUAAACUGGAUUUCAACAUGGUACAAGCAACGCACCAAGACGAUCUAAAAUAUUCAUCAAGGUGGUGGGGAAAUACAGGUCUUGCGGAGAAGUUAAGUUUUGCAAGGGACAGACUGAUGGAGAAUUUCUUAUGGACUGUGGGAGUCAUAUUCGAACCUGAGUUUGGAUAUUGUAGGAGAAUGUCCACAAAGGUCAAUGCUUUAAUUACGACCAUUGAUGAUGUCUAUGACGUUUAUGGUACCUUGAAUGAACUUGAGCUCUUUACAGAUGUUGUUGAGAGAUGGGACGUCAAUGCAAUGGAGCAACUUCCGGAGUAUAUGAAGAUUUGUUUUUUAGUUCUCCACACUACCAUAAACGAAAUGGCUUUAGAUGCUCUCAAAGCACACGGAGUUGAUAUUAUUCCUUACCUAAAGAAACAGUGGGCAGAUAUAUGUAAAUCCUAUUUGUUGGAGGCAAAAUGGUACCAUAGCGGAUACAUCCCAACACUUGCAGAAUACAUUGAGAAUGCAUGGGUUUCUAUAUCAGGUCCUGUGAUUUUAGUACACGCUUAUUUUUUCAUUACAAAUCCAAUUACAAAGGAGGCGUUGGAAUGCUUGGAAGAAUAUAACAAUAUAAUUCGCUGGUCAUCAAUGAUUUUACGACUUGCAGAUGACUUGGGAGCAUCAUCUGAUGAGUUAAAAAGAGGGGAUGUUGCUAAAUCUAUUCAAUGUUACAUGCACGAAACUAGAGCAUUUGAAACGGAUACUCGUGAACACAUACGAGAAAUGAUUAUUGUAACAUGGAUGAAGAUGAACAAAGAUCGAUUAGAAAAUCCUCACUUGUCGAACACUAUUUUUAUUGAAAUUGCAAUGAGCCUCGCCAGGAUGGCUCAAUGCAUGUACCAAUACGGAGAUGGGCAUGGUAUUUCAAACCGUGAAACUAAAGAUCGUGUCUUAUCACUACUUGUUAAUCCCAUUCCAUUAACAUAUGAAUAUCAUAAGUGAUAUAAAGAAUUAAAGAUCACUGUAUAUUAGUAUAUAUAUGCUUGUUGCACAAACC